UUCGUGAGCUCCGCGAGGUGGGUGAAGACUUGGGCUUCACCUGCAAAUAUGACAAGUUUGAUCGUGCCAUGAUGCUGGUGGAUGGCAAUUUGGAUGGCGCCGUGAGCCCCGAGGAAUUGCAGAAGGUGUUAAACUUUGUCAAGGUGCGAAUGGACAUGCUUUACAAAAGGGAACAAGACAAGAAGGACGAGUUGAAGAACCCCUUCGUGAACAAAGUCACGGAGCAGACCAAAACGGACAAUGAGAAGAAUUACAAAAUCGCAUUCUUUGGGCUGAAGGCCUUCAUCGAAAGCAUCCUCCGCAUCGGCUUCGGUCACUUGAGCUUCCACGGCACCCCGGAGCAGUCCACACUCCCUGCGGCGACCAAGGCGCUUUGGGUGAUCACGCAUCUGCAGCAGCAACUGUCGCAGCUGCAAAUGAAGGAAGACACCACGGUGGCUGAGGAUGUCAUGUCCUUCCAGAAGCGGAUGGGCUGGGAGGCUGCCCUGCAACAGUUCGGCAACAAGAGAAAACACUUGGACAAAGUGAUGGAAGAGUUCCGCCCCUUGGACAAGAGCAACUUGGGCGUGGGAUCCCAGUUUGACAAACAGUCUGGAGAUCCAUGUUACAAGCCGAAGAAUGAAGAGGAGAUCCAGGAAAACCCUUGGUCGGACGUUUCGAACUUGGAGCGGAUCAAGUGCGAACGUCCGGAGCUCUUCGUGCCGCUGCCCAGCAUGCGGCCAGUGGUGGCGGGGAAGAACUACGAGCGCAAGGCUCCUUGCCCGGAGUGCAAAGCUGAGCCACAGCAUGGAUGGGGAAAUAUGUAUUGCCCCAAAUGCGGUCACGCUGAUGGCAUGAUCCGGGCGUGUUUGGCCAACAACAAGCACUAUGAUCUGCACAAACUUCCCACCUUGGAUCGAAUUAUUUGCCUCUUAGGAACCCAUACAACGCCUCCGGGUCCGAUGCAUCGAGAUGACGGAAACCCCGCGAAGCCCUUCAGCCACGCCAACCUGGAGCUCUCCGUGGAACGACGCAGCUCCCGAGCCAAGUGAGAAGCGGCCCUUCACCAACGAAAUGCUGUGAGGGUGCCCACCGCCAGAGGAGAAGCCUGGCCUCACUCCAUGGCAGGUGUUUAUUUUGGAAAGUGAUGAAACCUGGGAUUUUGGGGCGCCCUGUUUUCAGCCUAGUGACCUGUCGACCACUAGUGAUGUUUAAGAGUUCUUC